AUGGCCAACUCACCAUCAAUGAAAUUAACUAGCGUCCAGGAGCUGGUGAAAGCAGCGCCCCCACUCUCAUCAAUCCCACUCCACUUCCUCCAACAAACACGAAUUGCACUUUCUGUUCCCACGCCGUCGUCGUCGGCGGAGAUUCCCACCGUUGACUAUACGCUGUUGGCUUCACCGGGGAGCGGAGAAACGGAGCUCCAGAAGUUGCACUCCGCCUGCAAGAACUGGGGCAUCUUUCAGUUUGCAUGUAUCUUACUUUCCCUCCUUUCAGUCUUCUGUAUAAGUAUGUGCUUUCAUUAUGGUAAGGUGGUGAACCACGGGAUGAGCCCUGAGGUGAUGGAGAAGCUGCGAGGCGAGAUCGAGGAAUUCUACGAGCUGCCGUUGGAAGAGAAAAUGAAGUACGGCGGAGACGGCGAAGGUUACGGCGGAGGCAGGGUGAGAGCCAACGGGAUAAGGGAUUGGGGAGAUCGCCUCUAUAUCACUACCAACCCUGUCCAUCUUAGAAGGCCAAAUCUCUUACCACAGCUCCCUUCAUCCUUAAGAGAUAACCUGGAAACAUACAUCCAAACCCUAAAAACCCUGGCGAGUGGGCUCCUCGGGUCGAUGGAAGAAGCACUGGAGAUGGAAGCAAACGAGAUGGCGGCGAAGAUGGACGACGGCCUGCAGUCGGUGGCGAUCAUAUACUACCCUCCUUGCCCGCAGCCGGAGCUGGUGCUGGGAUUCACCCCACACUCCGACGCCACCUGCAUCACCAUCCUCAGUCAAGUCAACGGCGUCGGAGGUCUGCAGGCCAAGACAAGAGACGGCAGCUGGGUUCCGGUCAACAUCCUGCCCAACGCUCUUGUGGUCCUUGUUGGAGACAUCCUCGAGGUCUUUAGCAACGGAUUGUACGAGAGCGCGGAGCACAGGGUGACCGUGAAUCCAGACAAAGAGCGGAUUUCAAUGGCUUUCUUCGUCAACCCGAAGCUGGAGGCCGAGAUCGGACCCGCUGCUAGCCUCGUGAUGAAGAACCCGCCCUGCAGAUUCAAAACCAUCUCCACGGAGCAAUACUUCAACAACUUCUUCGGCCGUGUCCUGGACAGGAAGACCAAUUUGGAGGCUCUCAAGAUUGAUAAUUGACGCCGAUCGAUUGAUUUUCUGAUCUUCGUCAUGCAUAUAGAUAUAAUAUUGCUGGUUUUGUGUGUAUUAAUUAAUUAUAUGAUAGAGUGUGGGAAUAAUCAAGUAAUGCAUAUACGUAAUACUAUCCCCAGCUGCCGUAUACUUAUAUGCUGCGGUGCUGGCCAGCCUUGAGCUAGCAGCUGGUAUAUAUAUAUAUAUAUCUUAUAAUAACUGCUCUAGUAUGUACAUCGUGUGGUCUCAAGUUUCUGUAUUGUAAAGAC